AUGGCAAACCAAUAUCCAAAUUCAAAUUUUAUGGGAGUUGAUAUAGUUUCAACGUAUCCUGAACACAUUAGACCUAGUAAUACUAAAUUCUGUCAAGCAAAUGUUAUUGACCGCUUACCGUUUGAAGAUAAUUCUUUUGAUUUUGUAUAUAUGCGAUUUAUGAUGUUUGCUUUCACAUCUGAAGAUUGGAAAAAAGCAAUCAAAGAAUUAAUCAGAGUGUGUAAGCCAUCAGGAUUCUUGGAAAUUAUGGAAAGAGAUAUUCUUUGGUAUAACGAAGGAAAUUUAGUAAAAAAAUGGAGGACAGCAGUGGUUGAUCGUUUUAAAAAAGAAAAAGAUAUCGAUCUUAUUAUAACGCCACAUAUAUUAGGAUAUUUGAAAGAGACUAGACAAUUGAGAAAGAUUUCAUUUGAUGCGAGAGAAGCUCCUCUCGGUUCCUUUGGUGGAAAAUUAGGUGAUGCAGUGUCAAGUAUUGAUUUUGAAGGUGGAAAUUACGAUUCGUUAAUUGAUAUCUGCAUGGAUGAAUUAGAAAAAAAUAAUUCUUACGAUAAAAGUUAUAGAUUUUGGGCAACUAAAAAAUCUUUAAAACCAUUGUAA